CCCGGCAGCGGCCCGUCGCGUCGCGCUGCGGAACCGUCGGAGCGACGCCGCUCUCAGUCGGCGGCCGGAGACGGAAGAUGGACGCAGCUACUCUGACCUACGACACGCUUCGAUUUGCUGAGUUUGAAGAUUUCCCGGAGACCUCAGAGCCUGUGUGGAUACUGGGUAGAAAAUACAGCAUUUUCACAGAAAAGGAUGAGAUCUUGUCCGAUGUGGCGUCCAGACUUUGGUUUACAUACAGGAAAAACUUCCCAGCCAUUGGGGGCACCGGCCCCACCUCGGACACGGGCUGGGGCUGCAUGCUGCGGUGUGGACAGAUGAUCUUUGCCCAGGCCCUGGUGUGCCGCCAUUUAGGCCGAGACUGGAGGUGGACACAGCGGAAGAGGCAGCCGGAUAGCUACUUCAAUGUCCUCAACGCUUUCAUCGACAGAAAGGACAGUUACUACUCCAUUCACCAGAUAGCACAAAUGGGAGUUGGCGAGGGCAAGUCCAUCGGCCAGUGGUACGGGCCCAACACCGUUGCCCAGGUGCUCAAGAAACUGGCUGUCUUCGACACCUGGAGCGCCUUGGCAGUCCACAUAGCAAUGGACAACACGGUGGUGAUGGAGGACAUCAGAAGGUUGUGCAGGGGCAGCCUUCCGUGUGCGGGAGCCGCCGCGCUCCCCCCGGACUCCAGCCGGCACUGUAACGGCUUCCCUGCGGGAGCUGAGCUCACCAAUAGGCCGGCACCGUGGAGACCCCUGGUGCUUCUCAUCCCCCUGCGCCUGGGGCUCACGGACAUCAACGAGGCCUACGUGGAGACCCUGAAGCGCUGCUUCAUGAUGCCCCAGUCCCUGGGAGUGAUUGGAGGGAAGCCCAACAGUGCCCACUACUUCAUCGGCUACGUUGGUGAAGAGCUCAUCUACCUGGACCCUCACACGACGCAGCCAGCGGUGGAGUUCACCGACAGCUGCUUCAUUCCGGACGAGAGCUUCCACUGCCAGCACCCGCCGAGCAGGAUGAGCAUCGGGGAGCUCGACCCGUCCAUUGCCGUGGGGUUCUUCUGUAAGACUGAGGACGACUUUGAUGACUGGUGCCGACAAGUCAGACAGGUGUCGCUGCUCGGAGGCGCCCUGCCCAUGUUUGAGCUGGUGGAGCAACAACCUUCGCACCUGGCCUGUCCCGACGUCCUGAACCUGUCCUUAGACUCUUCUGACGUAGAGCGACUGGAAAGAUUCUUUGAUUCAGAAGAUGAAGACUUUGAAAUCUUGUCUCUUUGAAAAUCCUGGAGUUGGGGGACGGUAUCCACUGGCCCUCCCUGGGGGCACCUUCGAGAGCCCGGCCCUGCCUCGGGGCGCUUGGCGCCGCCGCAUUUCAUCCAUCCAGCCUGCCCGUCCGCUGAAUGCCUGUGCCCCGUGCCGCCUCCGCCCGCAGACGGAGGACUGCCCUGUCCCGGAGGCCUUCCUGCGAGCCCCAGGGCUGCGCAGGCCUGGAGGGCUCGUCGGGCUCCCGGGCACAAAGGAGGAGCCGCCCGCGGGAAGCCCUGCGCAGCCGGUCAGGAGCUCCUGAGAGCAGAGCCUUCCACACUUCCCAGAGCUCUCCCUGCGACACUGCCAGCCCUGCACUCGCCUCUGCCCUGCUUCCCCCUGGGCGCUCGGUUCUGGGU